GCAUCUUUUCUGCAUUCUGGCACAGGUGAGGAAACUGCAUGAAGCCACACAGCCAAGAUUGCCAAGGAAGACAACCCUUUUCCAAAGAAAGCUUUCCAGUCCUUGAGUACACACCAAGAUGGAGAGAUGUAAGGUGAACACAACAAUGGUGGACGUCUUGAGAUGCAGCUCCAACAUGGUGCCCAUGGAGUGUUACCUGGUCCUCAGUGGUCCUGCUCAGACUCUCAUUGCCGUGUUGUGUUGCACCGUCGGAGGCCUUUGCAUCCUAGAGAACACCUUCGUGCUCUACCUCAUCUUUUCUUCACCCAAGAUCCGCAAGAAGCCUUCUUAUCUCUUUCUGAGCAGCCUGGCUUUGGCUGAUACUUUUGCCAGUUUUAUAUUUGUCUGCAGCUUUGUCCAUUUCCAUGUUUUCAAUGGGAUUGACUCCACUAAAGAGACCUUCUUGCUCAAACUCGCAGGCGUCAACACAACCUUCACAGCUUCCCUCGGCAGCCUCCUGUUGAUGGCCUUUGACCGGUACAUCUGUAUCCUCAAGCCCUCAUCCUACAAGGUCAUCGUAACCAGCAGAAGAGCUCUGGUGGCUUUGGUGAUUCUGUGGAUCACCAUUGUUUUCCUUGCCUUAUUGCCUCUCUUAGGGUGGAACUGCUGCAGCCUCAACUCAGCUUGCUCCGAGUUGUUUCCAUUUGUCGACAACACCUACCUUUUGAGCUGGGUGACCUUCGUGAUGAUCCUUCUGGCCUCUAUUGUCUACGCCUAUGCGCACGUCUUGUGGAAAGCACGGCAGCACGUAUUGUACAUGGAAAAGCACCAUGGACACAACAGCCAACUGAACACCAAGGUGAGACUAGACGUCAAGUUGGCCAAGACCUUAGCGAUCAUCCUGCUGGUUCUUGUGACAUGCUGGUCCCCGGCCAUCGCGCUCAUGACCUACAGCAUCUUCGCCCACCUCGGCAACUCCCUCAAGAAAGUCUUUGCCUUCUGCAGUACUCUCUGUCUGGUCAACUCUAUGGUGAACCCGGCCGUCUAUGCCCUACGGAGCAGGGAGCUGAGCUCCGCUCUGAGGAAAAUUUGCUCCUCUUUCAAAAGGAAGGUGGACGUCUCAGACAGCAACCCAGAAGCAGAGACAACCGAGAAGACCUUCCCAGUGGAAAAUGUGGGAGACAGAUACCUUGGCAGUACGCAGACAGUCCAAGCUUCAGAGGAUGACAAAAUGGACGUGGUGUAGGAAUGGAUGUUUUCUCAGUUUGAAGAAACUUGCAGGCUUAUUUUCUACAUCAGGGUUGGUAGAAGUAUGUAAAUUUUAUUACUCAGGACCCUCGGGGGGCUAUAUAGAGACUUUUGGGAUUGGAAGGAUUCAGGAAGUGGCCGGUUGUUAACCUCUGGUUUUGAAAAAUAGGAAACCUCCAGAAGCUCUCUGCAGACUAUUUAAAAGGUGAACUAUGACUGCGGGGAGCUUCCAUGAAAGACAAUGGCUAGCAUCCUUUUAAUGACAUCCGUGUGCAUAUAAGUCACACUAUGCAGGUUGUGUGAAUUAUUUGCCAUGGCACAACGGACAUAUAUCUGCUGACAGUGGUGGAAGCGGAGCUCAGCGUUCAACAAUGUUGUGCGUUGUGGUUACACGCUGCCAUUGUGCGUCGCACAUGGACACGUGUUGCCAAUGUUGCUUUUCUGAAUAGAAGUUGAAUUGUGCUGGCAUCACCCAUAAAGGCUUUUAAUCUGUCUCAGAAAACUAAGUUCGGAAACUCCUCUUAACCCUAGAACUUUAACUGGCUUCCACACAGGAACUCUGUAAUA